CUUUUCAAAGUUGGUGAGACAAUCACCCCCCUCCCAUGGCUUCCGAAUUACAGCAGACGACUUCCUUUCAUUGCUAGUCACACAACACAGAGACACAGAGAGAGAGAGAGAGAGAGAGAGACUUCCCUAUUUCUCUCUCUCACCCCCAACUCCGAGAAGCAUGCUAACACUGGAACUACGGCAGCUUUCAUGGCGGUGUCGGAGAUGGAGGCGGUGCUGGAGUUCCUGAGGAAAAAUGGCUUCUUUGAGGCGGAGUCGGCCCUCAUGGAGGACUUGGCUGAUAAGGGCGAGCUGGGCUCCUUCGAUUUCGAGAAGUUCCUCUUCCCCAUGGUGCCCCUGCCGCCGCCCGUCCGGAUCCCGGCGAGGCCCGACGACGCCGGCGUCGGUGGAGGCGACGGUGAGAGGUCCAGUAAGGCUUCCUCUGAUGAUCAGUUCUUGAGCUUGGGGUCUUCCACCAGUGACGUCUGCUCCUCGUCAGACUUUGUGAAUCCAUAUGGACAUGGAUCUUCAUCCACACCGAACUCUGAGACAUCCUCGGACAGAAUGUCUCAAUUUGGCACAGCGCGCGCAUACAAUGACUUUGAUUUCGAAAUGCAAAACGACUUGUACUUGUAUGAUGAGAAGUCCGACGAGGGCCAUUUUAUGACUCCAUGCUUCCAAGGGCCGGAUCCCUUCCUUGGGCCCACUGAGGACAAGUUUGUCAUGUCAUCUGAGACCAAUGAAAAUAGAGCAUCCACAAAGGAGGAGGAAGAUGAGGUUGGAGAGCCUAUCCAUCUCAGUUUCGACCAAAGGGGUCAAGCCUUUAAGGACGAGAAAAAAAGUUUGACUGACAAUGCGUGGUCAUUAGAUGGCAAUUGUCGGAAAGAAACCGAUUUGAAUGGCUUGGAGACGAAGAACUUUCGGGAUGUUUCUGUCUCCAAUGGCUAUGUUUCUCCAGGGAAAGAUCUAGUGAUCAGAAAUCCCAACAACUGCAUGACGAGUGAUUCUGGCAAAGAUUGGUUCAGUAAAUCCAAGCCGGAUCUGAGUUCAGAAAAAGAACUCCUCAGGAAAGAUUUGAUGUCAACUGAAGAGUUUGGUGAGGGUGAGGGUGAGGCUCCAGGGGAACAAGAUCAAGAAGGUGAUUCUCGGGAUGAAAUUUUGAUGGUGGAAGGUUUAGAUGAGAAAGAAUACGAAGUAUUUGAGCUGAGGGUUGUGCACAGGAAGAACCGGACAGGGUUCGAGGAAAACAAAGACUUUCCAAUUGUACUACAUGCCGUUAUAGCAGGGAGAUAUUAUGUGACUGAAUAUCUUGGAUCUGCGGCAUUCAGCAAAGUUGUUCAGGCUCACGACCUCCACACUGGGAUGGACGUGUGCCUGAAGAUUAUCAAGAAUGACAAGGAUUUCUUUGAUCAGAGCUUAGAUGAGAUUAAACUCUUGAAGCUCGUAAACAAGCAUGACCCUGGUGAUGAUCACCACAUUUUGCGUCUCUAUGACUACUUCUAUCACCAGGAGCAUCUCUUCAUAGUUUGCGAACUCCUCCGAGCAAAUCUAUAUGAAUUUCAGAAAUUUAAUCAAGAGUCAGGAGGGGAAGCUUAUUUCACGCUCAGUAGACUGCAGGUUAUAACCCGUCAGUGUUUGGAGGCGCUGGACUACCUGCAUGGUUUGGGGAUUAUUCACUGCGAUCUGAAGCCUGAGAACAUCCUCAUCAAGAGCUACCGAAGAACUGAGAUUAAGAUCAUUGAUCUCGGGAGCAGUUGCUUUGGAUCAGACAGCUUGUGUUUAUAUGUUCAAUCUCGGUCCUACAGAGCUCCUGAAGUCAUUCUCGGCCUCCCUUAUGACCAGAAGAUUGACCUUUGGUCCCUGGGCUGCAUCUUAGCAGAGCUCUGCUCCGGUGAAGUUUUGUUUCCGAAUGACGCGGUUGUAUUGAUUCUAGCACGCAUGAUCGGGAUGCUUGGUCCGAUCAAUCUGAAGAUGCUCCUGAGGGGGCAGGAGACCUCUAAAUACUUCACGGAAGAAUAUGACCUUUACUACAUCAACGAGGAGACUGACGAGGUCGAGUACAUUAUCCCUGAGGAAUCAUCAUUGGAGCGUCAUUUGAGAGUCUCUGACAUCGGGUUUAUCGACUUCGUGAGGAGCUUGCUUGAAAUAAACCCGAAGAGGCGCCCCACUGCUAAAGAAGCACUGAAGCACCCUUGGCUUUCUUACAAAUACUCCCACUCUUGCUGAUUUAGGCAUGACUUAUGGGUCAGGCUUAUCAUCUAAUCGGUUUCAAGUUUGGAGGACCAAAACCUGAGGUUUUUGGAUGCGAGCAGGAAAAAUUAAGAUUGGCAUAGCAUGAAUUUUUGUUUAUUUGGGGUUGAGAGUGAAUUGAUUUUUACCACAUUUUUGUUUUCUGUACAGCUGAUGCAUCAUCUGCUUACAUCUGUAAAACGCGAGAGGAGCGCGCCAAUGUAAUACAUGAAAUUCUUGAGGUGUCUCUCCCUAAUGUUGAAAUAAAUGGAAAUUCGGUUGACUA